AUGCACCUGCCUGGCUGCGCGCCCUCCAUGGCCGACGGCAGCUUUGCUCUCGCCGGCCACCUGCUCCGCGGCCCGGGCGCCAACCCCGCGCGGCUGCACAGCAUCGAGGCCAUCCUGGGGUUCACCAAGGACGACGGCCUCCUCGACCCCUUCCCGACCCAGCGCGGGAGCCAGGGCGCCAAGGAGCGGGAACGGAGGCCCGGGGCUCCGGCCGCCCACCCCCUGGCGCCCACAGGCAGCGUAGAGGCCUCCCCAGCGCAGAGCGCAGAGUACGAAGCCGCUCGGCCCUACUGUCCCAAGGAGCCCGGAGAGGCGCUGCCGAGCCCCGGCCUGCUGGCCGGACCCCAGGCAGGAGACAGCAAGCUGGCGGAGGAGGAGCUGCCCAAGAAGAAGCACCGGCGGAACCGCACGACAUUCACCACGUACCAGCUCCACGAACUGGAGCGGGCCUUCGAGAAGUCCCACUACCCCGACGUGUACAGCCGCGAGGAGCUGGCCGGGAAGGUCAACCUCCCCGAGGUCCGAGUCCAGGUGUGGUUCCAGAACCGCCGUGCCAAGUGGCGGCGGCAGGAGAAGCUGGAAGUGUCCUCCAUGAAGCUGCAGGACUCGCCGCUGCUCUCCUUCCGCCCGUCGCCGCCCUGCACCGCCCUGGCGCCCUUGGACGCGGGCUCGAGCGGAUUCGGGGAGCUUGUCUUUCCCGUUGGGGGGCAGAGGCUGUUCCUUCUGCAGGCCCAGAUCCGCGCGCCAGCCUGCCUCUCCAGCCCCCUGCCCCCUCUGCCGUGGUCCCAGAGCGCGCCAGACUCGUGGCCUGUGGACCCCCGCGAUCUCCGCCAGAAGCUGGGCUGCCGCCUGCCUAACCGGAUUCCAGCCUUGCCCACCAACUGCCACGUCGCCAAUAACCUGGCCGCACGACAGAAUGCGCGCCCCCCGGAGGCGUACAGGGAGAAUUUUGCGGAGAUCUGGAAGGUCAGCGAUGUGGCCUCUGCCCUGCAAACGCCAGCUCCGCGGCAGCCAGACCCCGAGGCGGCAAAGCCAGCCAGGGAAAGCGGUGCCCGGCCCCCAGAGAGGCCCGCGCUGUGCUCUCUGUUGCUAGUGUCCCCUAAUUGGGGACGGGACCGGCUCUAA